CGAGUGACUGUGACUCACAAAAUAAAGAAUAAAUCGAAAGUUUGAUCGUAAGAGUUAAAUCUACUUGAUGAUGGGGGAUACGGAAGUCCUAACUACUCUGAAAAUUCUCAUAAUAGGAGAAAGCAGUGUUGGAAAAUCCAGUCUGCUGUUACGAUUUACAGAUGAUACUUUUGACCCAGAACAGGCUGCCACUAUAGGUGUUGAUUUCAAAGUAAAAACUCUUCAAGUGGAUGGAAACAGGGCAAAACUAGCCAUCUGGGAUACUGCUGGACAAGAGAGAUUCCGAACACUGACACCAAGUUACUACAGAGGAGCACAGGGGGCUAUUCUAGUCUAUGAUGUGACAAACAGAGCCUCCUUUCAGAAGCUUGAUGUCUGGUUGAAUGAACUGGAGACAUUCUCAACCAAACAUGACCUGAUUAAGAUGUUGGUUGGAAACAAAAUAGAUCAAGAAAAUCGCGAGGUUAGCAAGGAGGACGGACUGAAGUUUGCGCGGAAGCACCACAUGCUAUUUAUAGAAGCCAGCGCCAAGACCAGGGAGGGAGUGCAGUGUGCAUUCGAAGAACUCGUGGAGAAGAUCAUCCAGACGCCCGGUCUGUGGGAGACCAGUAAUCGUGGAGUUGACAUCAGCCAGGGGGGUCAGGCUGCGUCCGCCUGUCAGGGAUACUGUGCUGUCAUUUGAUUGGACAAUAUGUGUCACAUGACAGCAGUGGUUGUGUGCCAACUUACAAAAGUCUUUCAGAGUGAACUCCAGGACUGAAAGAAAAACACACCUGGAGAUAUAUGUACAUUAUAUGGGGAUAUUUUUGGUUCAGGAUAAAUGUGUAAUGGAUUAUUUUAGGAGAUAUCACAGCAUGGAAAAAUGGCCAAGUCUGUCUUACUAGAUUAUGUCUGAAGCACUGAAUUAGUGUCAUGUGAUUAAUCCAACCAAUGACAGGUCGGGAUAGACUUGAAUUUGUGCAUCACAUUAACAGAUAUUUGACUUGUGUGAUGUCAGAUUCAGGCCAGAAACUUAACAAAAACAUCAAUUCUGACUGCUUAUUAAUUAGAACAGGACCAGGUCCUGCUUCACCAUUUAAGUUAUCUAUAAUUGUAAGUUAUGCAUUAGCUUGUAUUUACAGAUUUGUUAGAGGUAUGUACCUUAUAUAAUUGGUACAUUACCCAAUGUUAUUGCUGUGUUACCUGUGUAUCAAGGCUGAUGCUUGGUCUGUCCCUCAGACAUGUAGGGGUUGGUGCCACUUUAGAGACUUGAUCUGUGUUGGGUCGUUAGAUUGUAGGGGGAAGGGAGACUUGAUUUGUGUGGGGUCAGUAGAUUGUAAGGAGGGGGGUCAGAGAUAGGUGGGUAGGGCUUAUGUAUUAUUCUGUAUAAAACCUUAUUUGUACCUUUUAGUGAGCAAGUGUGUGUCUGGUAUGAAAGACUUGACUUUUUGGAGGGGAAAAAAAUAAUGCAUCAAUACUUGUAGGAAAGGUUCAAGUUAAAUGUGUGGUGUUGUUUUGCUGGUUUUUAAUUAUUUCAAGUUGGUAUUUUAAGUUACAUGACUGUGUAACAAUUUAUAUAAAGACAUAAAAAUAGAACAUACUAUAAUACAGAUAUUCACUGUGUGUGACAGAAUGUAACUCUAGUUCCAUUAGGGGCAUCCUUUAAGUUUGUAGCAGAUGUACUAUUGGCUGAUACCAGAGUAUUCUCUCACAGGGAAUUGGACAGAGUAUUUCCUCACAGGGAAUUUGGACUGUACAUCUCAUUCCUGGAGAAGAAUCUUUUAUCAUGUAUAUCUUUAUUGACCGUUUGAUUUUACAUGUAUGUGCAAUUGAAUGAUGAUAAAUAUUUUAAGUAAGA